CAGACUUUUCUGUCGAUUUUUGUACGUGACAAACAGCUGUCGUCUCGUAUACUUGUUGAAGACGUUUCUGCUACCUGUAAGUAGUAAAACGUCUAGAAAAGAGUGGGCCACGUACGUUUUGGUGUCGGUGUACCCCGUUAAAAAGAUUCUGCACGCUCGAACCAUUGGGAUAAUUUUACAGCUUCCGGUUGUUUUUUAUGGUGUCCCCCAGCGACAGUCGCUGGGAGGUGAACACUGAUUCUGGAGAACCAACAAACACAUGACUGAAACUGACCGACAGCGGCAUCUACACACCAGAGACUAACGGCAAAGACUCCAACAAGGUUCAGCUUGCUGUUAUCUGACAGUGUGGAGGACAAUUUCAGAUGUAUGAUGAUGAACCCAGUCAACGGUGAAACCAGUGAUGGCAUCAAAAACCCCUUCAUCAGUGAUGCUGACCCUGACCAAGUUUACGGAGCUAAAGGUGAAGAUAUGAUCCUCAGCCCACCCCCCAUGACUGAAACUAUCCGAAGAAUAGAGUGGAAACACAAUGUUGAUAUUGCAGCAGAUUGGUAUGGAGAGGACGUUUGGUGCCUUUACCCAUUUGAAGGUCGCUGUGAGGUGAACACAAGUACUGGAGCACUGACCAUUAAAGGACUGGAACAAACAGACAGCGGCAUCUACACACCAAAGAUUAAUGACAAGGUCUUCAACAAGACUGAACUCUCUGUUAUCUCUCCGGUAUCUAAACCCUCUGUCAACAUAUCCUGCAACACUAAGAAGACAAACUGUCGCCUGACCUGUGAAGGCAACACUGCAGAUGCUGAACCAAUCAAUUAUAAGUGGUUUGUAGAUGGCAAGGAUGGACCUUCAGGCCGAAACAUACCUCUUACAGAGGAUUCAGUAGGGGACAUUUUCAGAUGUAUGAUGAUAAACCCAGUCAGCAAUGGAAUCAGUGAAAACAUCACAAACCCCAUCAUUGAACAAGAACAGAUCCUUCUGGCAUCCAUCCUUGGACCAGUAGGAGUCAUGACUCUUUUGGUAGUCAUUGUGGUUGCUGCAUUUCUCAUUAAAAAACACAUCAAGGGGAGACGUAGAGACUAUUACGGGAGAGCUGGAGAACUAUACGACACGGAGAGAUGUUCAAAUGGGACUACAUUUAAGCUGAAAGUACCUAAAAAGGCCAAGUGUGAAAUGGAAGAACCAGACUGUGAAGUUGUUCCAGAGAUCAAUGAGACAUUUACUAUGACCUAAAAUCUCAGCAAAGGAGCAGAUGUGUGAAAUUUUAUUAAACCAAAUUCUCCCUGAAGAAAAACAAACUACUUACUCCCUACAAAGAGGAUCAGUGCUCAGUGAAGAAAUCCCUAAUCCAUUACUAUUCAAGUCAACCAUGCAGACGGAUGGGCAGCAAGAAACCAGGACUUCACCAAGGGUGUCAAGUGGGAACCUACGGUGGCCGGUAAGGGCAAACAGUCUGCAAAAGCCAGACGUACUCGAAAUGACACAA